CUGAAGGAAUUUUUAUAAACAAAACAUCAAGAUCAUAAUAAAACACGUAAAAUUUCAGUAACAUUAGUUUUUUGGGAUUAAAAUUUAUUCAUUUCGCUCUGAAAUUUAACAAGUGUAUCGUUUACAAAGUGAAUAAUGGCAGAAAUAAAUGCCACACAAAUCGCUCGCAGGAAGUACCUGUCCAUGGCCGUUUCCUCGGAGCUGCUGGAACACGAUUUCGAAAGCGCCGAUAAGGAAUGCGUCGAAACGCUCACCGAAAUGAUGCAGUGCUUCAUCGUCGAGCUUGGCCAGACGGCACGAAAUUACUGCGAAUUAGCCGGAAGGACUCAACCGGUCAUAGGAGAUGUCGUGAUUGGUCUCAUAAACAUGGGCAUUUUCGAUCCGGGGACUGGAGAGCUACGGCAAACGGGAAGGACGCCACAUUUGGCGCAGCCUCAGCAGGCCCAAUCACAGAAACAACUCAGCAUCCUACAGGCUGGCCAAAAACACAACCACCCGUCUCACAUUCCAAACUACCUGCCCUCGCUUCCGGAUCCUCACGCUUAUAUUCGAACACCGACCUACAAACAACCAGUUACGGAAUACGAAGCCAUUCGCGAGAAGGCUGCCACCCAGAAGCGUGACAUUGAAAAGGCUCUCACCAAAUUCUUGGCCAAAACCAGCGAUGUGCAUAGCUUAUUCGACAACGAAGACAAUCCGAUGUUUCCGCUGAUUGCGUGCAAACCGUCGUUUCCGCCCUAUCUGCAAGCGUUAAAUCCAACGGAUCAGAUAUUCGAUUUUGAAGAGUUGGAAUACUACUAUCAGGUGGCCAAUCGCAAAGAGGAUCCCUCGGAAACGAAAGACGGCGAUGACGACGACGAUGACGAAGAUGGUGAAGGUGGAAAUGGUAGCAAGAAGGAAGAUGACGGCAAAGACAGCGAAUCGGCUUCACCAGUCAAGGGGGAAGGAAGCAACGGUGCUAACGGAAAUGGAGCAGAAGGCAAAAUGGGACCGCCGACGGUGACGGUUUCGACGGCCAGCGGAACGAUAACUACGGCGCAGAUCAAUUUGACCAACAACAGUCCGACGAUCGAUAACCCUUAUCUGAGGGCGGCGACGAUUCCUAGAAAGGUCAAAAGCGAGUCGGGAUCGAGCAUGUAUUGAGGAAUGGAAAAAGACAUUUUGGCAUUAGCCUAAGUUUAAGAUAAGGUUCACAAUUUUGAUGAAUAAAUAGAUAAAUAAGAUAA